UAUGUUUCCGUUGUUCCUCGAGUUGGUGGUCUUGUUAUUUCUCGUUUACAUUUCAAGGAGAAAAUUGAAAAAUUACAUGUAACAGCUCAGGUUAAGUGCACUGGCGAUCCAGGUCCGAACUCGAUCUCUGACCCGGCUUCUUUUCCAUCCCCUGUUCAACUCCCUGCUAUGCAUGCGUGGCCUGCAUGUGACGCUUCCACAUUUCUAACCACCACGGAAACUAAGUGAACCGUCCUUUUCUGCGUCCACAUUGCAUUCUUCUUAUUCCAAAUUGGUUCUCUACAGGAUGACGCAGAAUGGAGGUAGGGGGACAGGAGAGCGCCAUGGAACAAACGACAUUGCCAAUAGUCGAGAGAGGCGGGUCGUCCAAAAUAGUAUGCUUACGAUCGACUAGGAGAUCAUUUUGUUGCCAUUUAGCGAUUACUGGAGACUCCAUAAUAACAGCGAGAUAUGCGAAUAUAUCGGCUACGUUGACCUUCCUCCAAGGACCUUUCACCCGUACGCACGCACAGAAGGGAAAAAUAGUUCGAUGAAGUUACUUUUGCCCACAUGGAUACCGAAGCUGGAGCUCCGAACCAUCGUAAUCCUCCUCUGUUGUCAUGGGUAAACCUCUCCAGGAAUAUCUUAUUGGCAUAUCAAAGCCUUGGUGUAGUCUAUGGAGAUCUGAGCACAUCACCUCUCUAUGUUUAUACAAACACGAUGGGAGAAAAGUCGCUAAUGCAUCUAGACGAGGAAACUAUCUUCGGUUCUUUUUCAUUGAUUUUCUGGACUCUUACAUUGAUACCCUUGCUUAAGUAUGUUUUCAUCCUAUUGAGCGCUGAUGAUAACAGUGAAGGGGGGACGUUUGCUCUUUACACUCUCCUCUGCAGGCACGGUAAGUUUAAUUUACUUCCCAACCAACAAGCGGCUGAUGAGGAACUGUCAUCCUACAAACAUGGUCCCUCGUCCAAUGCUGUUUUCUCUUCAACACUAAAGAGGAUUCUGGAGAAACAUGGAUGGUCAAGAACGGUCCUACUAGUUGUGGUACUUCUUGGUGUUAGCAUGCUCAUAGGUGAUGGUGUGCUCUCGCCAGCAAUGUCAAUUCUAGCAGCACUCUCAGGAGUAAGAAAGCAAGGAACAGAUUUCUCGGAAGGAGUGCUUGUGUUGCUUGUCUGUAUCAUCUUGAUUGGGCUGUUUGCUCUCCAACAUGUUGGCACCCACAGAGUAGCAUUCAUGUUUGCACCAAUCUUAACGAUUUGGCUUCUGUGCACUUUUGCUGUUGGGCUGUAUAAUAUAAUACGUUGGAAUACAAGAGCUGUUUUUGCAUUAUCCCCUCACUAUAUGUGCAAGUUUUUCAGCAAGAAUGGUAGAAAUGGUUGGCUUUCUCUUGGAGGGAUUCUCCUUUGUAUAACUGGGACUGAAGCUAUGUUUGCAGAUCUUGGUCAUUUCACUGCUAUGUCAAUAAGGCUUGCAUUUACUUGUGCUGUAUACCCUUGUUUGGUUGUACAAUACAUGGGCCAAGCUGCUUUCCUAUCAAAAAACCUCAGUGCUAUCGAUAACAGUUUCUACCACUCAAUACCUGGCCCUGUAUAUUGGCCAGUCUUUGUCAUUGCCACUCUCGCUACCGUUGUUGGGAGUCAAGCCGUUAUAACUGCCACGUUCUCCAUUAUCAAUCAAUGUCAUGCACUUGGUUGCUUUCCCCGGGUCAAAGUUGUACACACCUCAAAAGAUAUAUUUGGGCGGAUCUACAUCCCAGAAAUAAACUGGAUACUGAUGCUCCUCACUCUUGCUGUAACUGUUGGAUUUCGGAACACAAAUUUAAUUGGAAAUGCUUAUGGACUUGCUGUUGUGUUGGUCAUGUUUGUGACGACCUUUUUGAUGGCACUCGUCAUAAUCUUUGUAUGGGAGAAGAGUAUCUUUGUUGCCAUGGCGUUCCUUCUAUUCUUUUGGGCAAUUGAGGGUCUAUACUUAUCAGCCGUACUCGUGAAAGUUCCCCAGGGAGGAUGGGUCCCUCUUGUCUUGGCAUUCUUCUUCAUGACUGUCAUGUGUAUAUGGCAUUACGGUACUCAUAAGAAGUUCAGCUUCGAGACGCAAAACAGAGCUUCAUUGAAAUGGUUACUAGGCUUAGGUCCUAGCCUUGGCAUUGUCCGUGUCCCAGGAAUAGGUCUCAUCUACUCAGGACUAGUAACUGGAAUACCUACCAUAUUUUCCCAUUUUGUGACCAAUCUCCCUGCAUUUCACAAAAUUCUGGUUUUUGUUUGUAUAAAAUCUGUCCCUGUUCCGUAUGUAUCAACUGCAGAACGCUUCCUUGUUGGGAGAGUCUGCCCAAGACCAUAUCGUAUGUAUAGAUGCACGGUUAGAUAUGGGUAUAAGGACAUUCAACGAAAUGACGAAGACUUUGAGAACCUGAUCAUACAGAAUCUAGCACAGUUUAUCCUGAUGGAAGCAAUGGAAGAAGAUGACUCUGACUUUGAGACUUCUCCCCUUGACGGGAGAAUGACGGUUGUGAGUGGUGAAAGGAUGCCAUCCAGUUCAAGCUUAAUAGUGUCUGAACAUGAGGAUAUCUCCGUUUCUACCGGCAGAUCUGCUUCCUCGAGGAGUCUUUGGUCUGUUAAUGAUGAAAACCCACCGCAGAAGAAGAAACGCGUGAGGUAUCAAGUACCGAACAUCCCUGAGAUGGAUCCUCAUGUAAGAGAAGAACUAACAGAUAUUAUUGAAGCAAAGGAAGCUGGGGUUGCAUAUAUAAUGGGGAACACGUACGUGAAGGCAAGGAAAUCAUCUUCAUUCUUGGAAAGGUUUGCGAUUGAUGUUUUAUAUACUUUUCUGCGAAAGAAUUGCAGAGGCCCUGCUGUUUGCCUUAACAUUCCUCACGUUAGUAUGAUUGAAGUUGGGAUGAUAUAUCAUGUCUAAGUCUUGAUGAGAUUUUGCAACUUCAUCGUGACAAAUUAUUGGGUCUACAGAGAUAAUAAUCAUGAGAAAGCAUUUGAGACGGUUACUUAUCUUAGUGAAACUCACCUUAAAAAUGCAUGUUUAUUUGUUA